UCCCCCCUCUCUCUCUCUCGCUCUCUCAACCUUUAUAAAUUGAAGAGGAUGCUACCAAGACAAAUUAAGGAGCCAAGAAUCCUCCAAGCAUUUUAAUUUUGCCACUCCUCUGGGAAACUCCGAGAGAGAGAGAGAUGGUGAUGGUGCCAAAGAAAGCUUCAGUCUUUUCUUUACCAGCUUUUGUUCUUAGCAUUCUUUAUCUCUUCCUCCUUGUUGAGAGAUCCAGAGCUAAAGCUAAAACCGUCCCAUCCGAAGUCGAGGCGUUGAACGCGAUACUGGGAAGGUGGGGGCUGAAGGAGUCGGUGAAGUGGAACAUCAGCGGGGAGCCAUGCAGCGGCGCCGCCAUCGACUCCACCGAUUUGGACUCCUCUGACGUCAGCCCGGCGGUCAAAUGUAACUGCAGCUACAACAAUAAGACCACCUGCCACAUCACCCAGCUGCAAGUACGUGCCAUCGAUGUGGUAGGCACAAUCCCGGAGGAGCUGCAAAACUUGACGUACCUUAACAAUUUGGAUUUGUCUCGGAACUACUUGACUGGUACGUUGCCAGCAUUUAUUGGGAAUUUGACCGAGUUGAAAUCCUUGCGUGUCGGUAUGAAUGCAUUAUCAGGGACCAUUCCAAAGGAGCUUGGAAAGCUUCAAAAGCUCACCUUCUUGGGCAUCCGUAUCAAUAACUUCAGUGGUUCGCUCCCCUCUGAGCUCCGGAACUUGACCAAUCUCCAGCAACUGUACAUAAAUAGUUGUGGACUAGGUGGUGAGUUCCCAUCGACUGUAUCAAGUCUCAAGAACUUGCAGAUUUUGAGGGCAUCGGACAAUAAUUUCACGGGCAAAAUACCAGACUUCAGCGAGACAAACUUAACCACUUUGAGGAUGCAAGGCAACUCUUUUGACGGCCCGAUCCCUUCAAGUUUUUCUAGUCUCACGAGUUUGACAGACUUGGAUUUGUCUCGGAACUACUUGACUGGUACGUUACCAGCAUUUAUUGGGAAUUUGACCGAGUUGCAAUACUUGACUGUCAAUACAAAUGCAUUAUCAGGGACUAUUCCAAAGGAGCUUGGAAAGCUUCAAAAGCUCAUCUAUUUGAGCAUAGAUACCAAUAACUUCAGUGGUUCGCUCCCCUCUGAGCUCGGGAACUUGACCAAUCUCCAGCAAUUGUACAUAGAUAGUUGUGGACUAGGUGGUGAGUUCCCAUCGACUGUAUCAAGUCUCAAGCACUUGCAGACUUUGAGGGCAUCGGACAAUAAUUUCACGGGCAAAAUACCAGACUUCAGCGAGACAAACUUAACCACUUUGAGGAUGCAAGGAAACUCUUUUGAAGGCCCGAUCCCUUCAAGUUUUUCUAGUCUCACGAGUUUGACAGAUUUACGGCUAGGUGACAUAUCAAAUGGAAGCUCAACUUUAGCAUUUAUCAGUAAUUUAACAUCCAUAACCACCUUAGUCUUGAGGAAUAGCAGGAUAUCUGAUACCAUUCCACCGAACUUUUCCCGCUACACUAGUCUCGGGAUAUUGGAUCUGAGCUUUAACAAUUUAACAGGCCAACUUCCUCAAUCUCUCUUCAAUUUGAGUUCGCUCAGCUACUUAUUUCUUGGGAACAAUAGCCUCUCUGGUAGCUUGCCUGCCAGCAAAAGCACCUCACUUCUUAAUGUAGACCUAUCAUAUAAUCAACUAUCAGGAAGCUUUCCUUCUUGGAUUACCGAAGCAAGUUUGGAACUGAACUUGGUGGCCAACAACUUUGUGGUUGAUAUUUCUAAUAGCAGUGUUUUGCCUUCAGGAUUGAAUUGUCUUCAGCGGGAUAUCCCUUGCAAUCGUGGAUCACCAAUUUAUUCUUCCUUUGCUAUAACGUGUGGUGGUUAUGAAACCAUAACAUCCCCCGAUGGAACUGUGUAUGAAAGAGACAGAAACCCUCUCACAACGGCAUCUUAUUACGUAACUGACACAAACAAAUGGGCAGUUAGCAGUGUUGGUACGUUUAUGGACGCCUCGAAUGCUGAUUAUAUACUGAACAGUGUAUCUCAGUUCUCAAACACUCUAGAAUCAGAGCUGUACCAGACUGCAAGGCUAUCUCCAUCAUCAUUAAGAUACUAUGGUCUUGGGCUUGAGAAUGGAAAUUACACUAUAAAGUUGCAUUUUGCCGAGACACAAAUCCUCGAUCCACCUACUUGGAAAAGUGUUGGGAAGAGAGUUUUUGAUAUCUAUAUACAGGGUAUUCUAAAAGAGAAGGACUUUGAUAUUAGAAAGGAAGCUGGGGAGAGAUCCCUUAGAGCCGUCGUGAAAGAGUUCACCGCACCAGUGACAAAUAACUUUCUAGAAAUCCAUUUCUUUUGGUCCGGAAAGGGUACAUGCUGUGUGCCAACUGAUGGCUACUAUGGCUCAUCCAUAUCAGCUAUUAGCGUAUAUCCUUUCGACUUCACCCCUACUGUUAGUAAUAAACCACCAUCUACAAAUAAGAGGACAGGUCUGGUCGUUGGCAUUGCAGCUGGUGCUGGGGCUUUAGUCCUAUUUACUCUUCUUGCCAUGCUAAUAUAUAGACACAGCAGAACAUUAGGCAUGGAUGAUGAUGAAGAUCUGCUAGAAAUUAUUGCCAGACCAGACACUUUCACCUAUAUGGAACUGAAAACUGCUACAGAAAAUUUCAGUCCCACUAAUAAGCUAGGAGAGGGAGGAUUUGGUCCUGUGUUUAUGGGUAAACUUUCCGAUGGAAGAAUUGUGGCGGUGAAGCAAUUAUUGGUAGCAUCUCACCACGGAAAGCGCCAAUUCAUGACGGAAAUUGCAACUAUAUCUGUAGUGCAGCACCGAAACCUUGUGAAGUUGUAUGGUUGCUGCAUCGAGAGAGGCAAGCGGCUCCUGGUCUAUGAAUACUUAGAAAACAAGAGCCUGGAUCAGGCACUCUUUGGUGACAACAACUUGCACCUUGAUUGGCCCACUCGCUUCGAAAUAUGUUUGGGUACAGCAAGAGGUCUAGCAUAUCUUCAUGAGGAGUCAAGCGUGCGAAUUGUACAUAGAGAUGUCAAAGCCAGCAAUAUUCUGCUUGAUGCCGAUCUCAACCCAAAAAUAUCAGAUUUUGGUCUCGCAAAGCUUUAUGAUGAUAAGAUGACUCAUAUUAGCACCAGAGUUGCUGGUACAAUUGGUUAUCUUGCACCGGAGUAUGCAAUGAGAGGGCAACUCACAGAAAAAGCCGAUGUCUUUGGAUUUGGAGUCGUAGCUUUGGAGGUUCUCUCUGGAAGGCCUAAUUCAGAUCAGAGUCUUGAAGCAGAGAAAGUUUAUCUCCUUGAAUGGGCUUGGAAUUUACGGGAGAACAGGCGCGAGCUGGAGAUGGUGGAUCCAUGGUUAUCAUCAUUCAAUGAAGAAGAGGUCAUCCGCAUUAUCAAUGUAGCUCUUCUGUGCACUCAAGCAUCGCCGAUGCUACGCCCGCCCAUGUCAAGGGUGGUGGCCAUGCUGGCAGGUGAUAUUGAGGUCUGUGAAGUCACAACAAGGCCUGGUUAUUUGACAGACUGGCAGUUCGACGAAAUCAGUAACAAUUUUGCAAGCAGUGGCUUUUCAAAGCACUCGAUAAUAAAAUCUGAAAAUAUCCAGACCAACAUACAUUCAAACAUAUCCACGGUAUCUGAUACAGAGCACAUACCUUCACCCUCCAACCCCCCUUUGUCGGAUGAGAUUGUAAGUGAAGGAAGGUAGCAGCCGUUUGCAAGUAAAUUCCACUAGGCCACUUUUCAUACUGCAAUUAUACAUUACAAUUAUAUCUACAGAAAUCUAAAAUACCACUGAAUUCUUGUAGAAGAGGUUUUCUGAUCUCUGUUGCAUUAUUUCUUACCUUUUUUUCCUUUCGUUUUUCUUUUUGCAUUAUGAGAGAGAUAUUUUUGUGAAUUAUUCUCAUCCUGAUAUAUAACGAUCUUGUUUUGUCAAUCCAUACAUUAGGAUGGCUUUUCCUUU